UAAUGUUACCACUCUUCGUCACUUCUUGUUCAAAUCUCUGUCGAAAUUUUCCGAGAUUCCAAACAAGACCAUUUAUUUCUGUGAUUCAUUUUCCCAAAACUUCUUCGUAAAUCACGGGAAGAAAACAAAAGCCUUUUUCAUUUUCUUAACGGAAAUGAAUAGAAACUACUGUGAUAUAUGAAGGACGGGCCAAGAUUUCUCUGGCCAGAACUUUCUCCGGAGAAUUUCAUCAGGUGAAGAAAGUCUCUUCUUAUUUCAUCUGUCAGAAAAAAAGAGAAGAAAAAUGAUAACGAACUGAAACUAAACUGAACUGAGAAAAAGGAGCAAUCAGCUUUUGAUCUUUCUAUACAAGUUUAGUUAAUAUGGCGCCAAAUGCUAGUGUUGCAAGUUCAUGUCCCUCACCCAUGCACGCAACCUCGAAUGGGGUGUUCCAGGGUGAUAAUCCUCUCGAUUACGCGCUCCCUCUUGCCAUCUUACAAAUACUUCUUGUCGUCGCGCUUACACGAACUCUUGCUUUUCUUCUCCGCCCCUUACGACAGCCUCGUGUCAUUGCGGAGAUUGUUGGAGGAAUCUUGCUUGGACCUUCAGCUUUUGGUCGCAACAAGGCCUAUCUGGAUGCCGUAUUCCCCGACAAAAGUCUAACAGUGUUGGAUACAUUGGCUAAUCUUGGCCUUCUCUUCUUUCUGUUCCUUGUGGGCCUUGAGUUAGAUCUUAAGGCUCUCCGUCGGACUGGAAAGAAAGCGUUUAGUAUAGCUAUUGUAGGGAUUAGUCUACCUUUCAUAAUAGGCAUUGGUACAUCGUUCGCGCUCCGAGCAACAAUUUCUAAAGGUGUACAAGGACCCGCGUUUCUUGUAUUCAUAGGAGUUGCGCUCUCAAUAACUGCCUUCCCUGUCUUGGCCUGUAUUCUGGUUGAGCUCAAGCUUUUAACUACUGAUCUAGGCCGGAUGGCAAUGUCUGCAGCAGCUGUAAAUGACAUCGUUGCCUGGAUUCUUCUUGCUCUUGCCAUUGCCCUCUCUGGAGAUGACAGCUCUCCCCUUGUCUCCUUGUGGGUUUUCUUGUGUAGCUCUGCUUUUGUUCUGUGUUGCGCAUUUGGUGUCCCGCCUAUAUUCAAAUGGAUGGCGCAGCGCUGUCCUGAGGGUGAGCCGGUCAAAGAAUUGUAUGUGUGUGCCACACUGGCUGCAGUUUUGGCGGCUGGGUUUGUCACUGAUACCAUUGGAAUUCAUGCCCUUUUUGGCGCGUUUGUGAUUGGUGUUCUUGUUCCGAAGGAAGGGCCAUUUGCAGGCGCUAUGGUGGAAAAGGUUGAGGAUCUUGUAUCUGGCCUCUUCCUUCCAUUGUACUUCGUGUCGAGCGGAUUGAAGACCAAUAUAACAACGAUCAGUGGGGCUCAAUCAUGGGGCCUUCUUGUCUUGGUCAUUAUAACUGCUUGCUUUGGAAAGAUUGUUGGCACCGUGGUCGUUUCUCUCUUCUGCAAAGUGCCAUUACAGGAGUCUCUAGCUCUGGGAUUUCUCAUGAAUACUAAAGGAUUAGUGGAACUCAUUGUCCUUAACAUUGGAAAAGAUAGAAAGGUGCUUAACGAUCAAACAUUUGCCAUCAUGGUUUUGAUGGCCGUAUUUACAACAUUUAUCACGACUCCUCUAGUGAUAGCGGUGUACAAGCCUGCUAAAAGAAAGAAUAACUAUUACAAGGAUAGAUGUAUUGGGAAGAAAGAGACAAAUACCGAGCUCCGCAUCUUGGCAUGCUUUUACAGCAUAAGAAAUAUCCCCACCAUGAUCAAUCUCAUCGAGGCUUCCCGUGGGACUGAAAAGAAGGAGCGGCUAUGUGUCUAUGCAAUGCAUCUCAUGGAGCUCACGGAAAGACCUUCCUCAAUUCUUAUGGUUCACAAGGCAAGGAAAAACGGGCUACCCUUUUGGAAUAAGGGGAGUCAGUCAAACUCUGACCAAAUUGUUGUCGCUUUUGAGGCCUUCCAGCAGCUGAGUCGAGUCUCCAUCCGUCCAAUGACCGCAAUCUCAGCAAUGUCCGAUAUGCACGAAGAUAUCUGCGCAAGCGCUGAGAGGAAACGGACAGCAAUGAUAAUUCUUCCAUUUCACAAGCACCAGAGGUGGGAUGGUGCAUUGGAGACAACUCGUGCCGAGUUUCGAGUCAUCAAUAAGAAGGUUCUCGAGCAGGCUCCGUGCUCUGUUGGAAUAUUGGUGGACAGAGGAUUUGGUGGAACCACACAUAUAUCUGCAAGCCAUGUUUCUUCAAACGUAAAAGUCUUAUUCUUCGGUGGUCAUGAUGAUUGUGAAGCCCUUGCUUUCGGUAUGCGAAUGGCUAAACAUCCUGGCAUCAGUUUGAACGUCAUUCACCUAUUGCCAGGUCCCGCAAUGAUGGAAGAGGCUAAAGAGACCGUCGGAGUAGAUAUCCAAGAAGAUGACUCGAACAUUUCGUUCGGACCGCAAGAUGAGAAUGCGCUUGCUGAAUUGAAGCAAAAGAUCUUGAUCGACAGUUCGAUCAAAUACGAGGUUAGACAAGUGGAGAAUUCUUCAGAAACAAUUGCGGCAAUAAAGGAGUUCAGUGGAUGCAAUUUGUUUUUGGUUGGAAGAAAUCCACAGGGUGUAGUUGCUAAUGGUUUGAGUGUGAAGAGUGAAUGUCCUGAACUUGGCCCUGUCGGGAACUUGUUGACUUCUGCAGAUUUCUCAACUACAGCAUCAGUUUUGGUGGUGCAACGACAUCGUGGUCACACAUUUUCUUCAGAAUCAGAAGGUUCUGUUUCAUCAAAGGUUGAAGUGAUGCCUGAUCCUGGCGAGGAUUUGGAAAUCAAGUAAUCCAUUAUUGUGUUAUGAGAUAUUUUUUGUUGUGUUUUGUGUAUGCACAGCAAGCACCAUGUUGUAAAAAUCAAUUAUGUCGAUAAUCAGAAUAAGUUAUCUGAUUUUACUCCAUAAUUGAAUGGUGAUUUUUUUUUUACCCCUGUACUUCUUUUGAGGUGGGAAGAAAAAAAUUUCCUACUCAUGACGUUUUGUUAACGUUAUAUAUAUGCAACACAACUGUAAACUUUUCACAUUUGUCUAUGAACUCUGUAUUU